AUGCACUUGUCAUCUAUUCUCAUUGGUGCAGUUGGGUUCGCGGGCAUCGUAUUUGCCGCCCCCGAUGCACCGGCCCCAACACCAAAGCCAGACUGUACCCACACGGUGACUUUCAAAUGGAGUCUCGGCCUAACCGCUGUGGUCAAAACGUACUCGGAAUGGAAAACCCAGUCUAUGACUGUCGACUGCCACGGCUGUAACUCGGUUGUUCAGCAGACACUUUACAUCAAGGGUAAAGGUGAAUAUUCGAACCGAGCUGCGAGAACAAGGGUAGUCGCAGCACCGAGCGGUGUCGUUGGUACUAAGAGAAUCUUCGUUUGCCGGAGCACCGAUGCGGCUCCACCACCACCAGCGGAGAAACCUGCUUUUCAAGCCAAGCCAAUUCCAUCGAGAUUGACCUGGGGUGGAUCUAAAGGCGCUGCAAAGGAUGUACCUGCUAAGAUAGCCCCUGAAAAUGACGCAACAUAA